CUACGUGUUAACAUACAAUAGGUAAAAAGCGGCUUUGUCCGCUGUUAGAACUUGUCUGAAAGUAAAGUAUGUGGUCCAAUAGCAAUACCAUCUCGUGACACAAUCUUUUUUGCGACAAUUAAAAACUCAAUCCUAAACCCAAUCAUAUAAUUGAUCACAUAAUGUUGCCCCUAAUGUCCUCUAAAUACAUAAUAACCGAACUGAUCAUCUAUAACAAUCAAAAUUCUUUGAAAAGAAACCAAGUAGGCACCGAGUCAUUUCUAAUUUUCCUUUAUAUCAUCACUGUAUAAAUUUCUUUGGGAACUAAAAACCACAAACUUUAUUAAUUAAUAAUUGCUAAAAACUUGUCUAUAUGUUUAUUUUUAGAAUUUGAAUAUUUCCCCCACAAACAAAGCCAAAUCCCUGAGAUUCAGACCAAAAAUGAGAGGUGGGUGUCAGAAUAUUCAGAGCAGAGGAAGAGAAAAUAAAAAUAAAAGAUGCGGCUACUGGUUGGAAUAUCCUUCAGCAUCUCUAACCGCACCUUUUAAUAUUCUCUUUUCUUUCUUUUAACUUUUAAUAUUUUUUUCGGUUUUAAAAAGCAUCUUCUUCUCCCUCCCUCCUUCCUCAUCAAUCAUCAUCAUUCACCAUUCUCCCUUCUCUUCUUUGCUUCGCAUCUCAACCAAACUCCUCUCUAUUUCUCCCCACAAUAAUAUAUUAGAGAUAGAGAGAUACAGAUUUGUAUACAUAUAUACAUAUAGUGUAAGCGUUACAAACGAACAACUAAACAUGAAUUCUCGUCGAUCGUUAACGUCCGCUACGGCGGCGACUAUGAGUUUUCUAUUGUAUAUCUGCACCACCGUAGUCGUCACCAACGGUGAGCUUCAGAGAUUUAUCGAACCGGCGAAGAGCGACGGUUCCGUUAGUUUUAUAACCAUCGGAGAUUGGGGUCGCCGUGGCGACUUUAAUCAGUCUAAAGUCGCUUAUCAGAUGGGAAGAGUUGGAGAAAAGAUAGGUUUAGAUUUCGUGGUGUCCACGGGAGAUAACUUCUACGACAACGGAUUGUUUAGUGAAUACGAUCCCAACUUCAAAGAGUCUUUCUCUAACAUCUACACUGCUCCGAGUCUUCAGAAACAGUGGUACAGUGUCUUGGGGAACCAUGAUUAUAGAGGUGACUCAGAGGCUCAGCUAAGCUCUGUUCUCAGAGAAAUCGACAGCCGUUGGAUCUGUCUCCGAUCAUUCGUAGUCGACGCUGAGUUAGUCGAGAUCUUCUUCGUUGACACAACUCCUUUCGUUAAAGAAUACUACACAGAAGAAGACGGUCACACGUACGACUGGCGUGCGGUCCCAUCUCGCAACUCCUAUGUCAAGUCUCUCCUCCGUGACCUCCAAGCUUCCUUAAAAAGAUCCAAAGCCACGUGGAAGAUCGUCGUUGGUCACCACGCGAUGAGAAGCAUCGGUCACCAUGGAGACACUAAAGAACUAAUCGAGGAGCUUCUUCCGAUUAUGAAAGAGUACGGUGUUGAUCUUUAUAUGAACGGACACGACCAUUGUCUUGAACAUAUCAGUGACGAAGACAGUCCUAUUCAGUUUCUGACUAGCGGUGCUGGUUCCAAGGCUUGGAGAGGAGAUGUUGACCCGACCACCAACAAUCCAAAGUCUGUGAGAUUCUAUUACGAUGGUCAAGGGUUCAUGUCUGCUAGAUUCACUCACACGGAUGCAGAGAUUGUCUUCUACAAUGUCUUUGGUGAGGUUUUGCACAAAUGGGUUACUUCUAAACAGCUUCUUCUUUCAUCUGUUUGAUUCAAAGGCCUAAUAAACUGGGUUUCUUUGUAAUUUUUGUAACAUAUAUUUAAGAUAAGUUUAGCAUCCCUAUCACUCUUUAGCUCCUUGGGUUCCAUAUCAAAUAUUUUAGAGUAAAAUUUCGUUACAAAACAAAUUUAUUUUAGAAUUUUAAUAUAAAAUUUAUUAAUUCUAUAUAUGUUAUAUAUCUUUUUAUUUUUUUAUUAGUUGAAACAUGGUUAAAUAUAUGAUUAAUGAUGUUUUUAUUUAAAAAAAUAUAAACUUAAAUAUAUUUUUUAAUCUAUAUGCACAAAUCUAAAACAGACAGCACCAAGAGAGUAAAAUAUUCCAACUCAGCAUAUUAUAUAAAUGUAAUGAUUCCCUUAAUAGGUAUCUUUCUUAAUGUUACAUAAGCUAGUCAUAUCCAUUACAAGAGUACAUACCACAUUUUUUCAGUUCAAUACAAAGUGGUACCUUGCAUCUACAUGGCUCUCAACAUCCCAAAGAAACGAACCGAAAGUCACAGCCUCCAAGACAAGCCUCUUCAUUCCACCAAAGCUGAUCUUAAUCUGCUCGUCCU